GUUGGGGAGAGGAGAGGAGAGGGAGUGAAGUGUGCGUCUCAUGCGGUUUCUGCCUGAACACGAACUUACUAAUCGUCUGGAGUCUUGAAUGUCGAUAUAAAUGCUGCAAGGCACAGCUCGAACUCAUGAACGUGCGGUCAACACGCUGAUAAGAUCUUCCGUAUCUUCAGUAUCUCCGAACCGUUACAUAACGCGCAAGCAGAGAUGAGAGACAUCAUAAUAGCGCUGGCGCUCGUGGUGCUGAGAGUUAGCGGGGAAAACAUCAGUGACGGCUUUUGUGUGGAUGGAAAAUGCUUCGUCUUCCACGUAGACAGAGCGAGUUUUGACGCUGCCCAGCUCGUGUGUCGGGAGAAAGGAGGACAUCUGAUGACCGUGCGAACCGAGAAAGCGGCCGAUGUUCUCGGUGGUUUGUUAAACGGCGCUCCUGGAGACUUUUGGCUCGGGCUGAAAUACGCUGCAAAACAGUGUUCAAACUCAACCGAGGGGUUAAAGGGAUACAGAUGGGUUACUGAAGACAACAAAACCCAGUACAUCAACUGGAAGAGCAACGUGAGUGUUUGUUCUCCACUAUGUGUUUCUGUUUCUCAAAAAGACUUCAAAUGGACCGAAAGAGCAUGCAAUGACACAAUCGAGGGGUAUUUGUGCGAAUAUGACAACCCUGGUUACUGCCCGCCGCUUAGCAGCGAUGCACCCGUCUCAUAUCAAACUAGUUUCGGAUUCACAGCAAAUGAAAAACUCAAAGAGAUUCCUCAACUCACUAAUGGGACAUUGCAGCCGUUGAGAACGAGACACAUUUGCUUCGAAGGCGAGUGGCUUCAAGCACCCUGGAGUUGUGAAGUUUUUGGUGGUGGAUGCGAUUAUAAGUGCAUCCAGAAAGGGAAAAGCAAUGCAUGCAUCUGUCAGCCGGGAUUUGAACUCGACACCAACGGAGUCACGUGCAACAAACAGGACCCUUGCGCUGAAUGUGAACACAAAUGCACGCGAGCCGGCGAUGCAUUAGUGUGCGCGUGUCGCCCGGGGUUUCAACUAGGUGCAGAUGGCAAGUCUUGUGAAAAAUGCAAACCAGGCUUUCACAUUGAGGGUGGCAUUUGUGUUGAUGAAGACGAAUGCAACUCCGCGCCGUGCGAGCACGACUGUAUUAACACCGAAGGUGGCUACCACUGUGUGUGCUUUCAGGGAUAUAUUCAGUCGAUGGAGGACAUGCACAAAUGUGAAAUGCACUGUGAGGAAUACACCUGCCCAGGUGACUGUGAUCCCAACAACAACGCUCAGUGCAACUGCCCCAAUGGUUUCGUACUUGAAGAACAAUAUUGCGUUGACAUAGAUGAAUGUGAUAGUGAUUACUGUGAUCAUUCAUGUUUAAAUACACCUGGAAGUUUUAGAUGUUCUUGCAAUGAAGGAUACGUGCUUAUAGACAACACCAAAUGUAUUGGAGAAGACUUUGAGGGUUCAGGCAGCUCAACGCCUUUUGAUGUGUUUACUCCUACGAGCAGAUCUCCAACAGACAAGCCAGUGUCCAUCUCACCUGGCAGUCUUUUAGGAAUAAUGGUUUGCAUUGUUUUUUGUAUUCUUUUACUGGUCUGUCUCGCUCACUGCAUAAUGACACGGAUUAGUAAAAAGCACCAUAACAAUGUGGACAAAGGCCACAAUGAAAUCUUCAAUUUUGAACCGGUGAUCACUGACAAACACUGCGCACAACAGACACUCCCAGACACAUAUAUAGAAAGAGAAACUUAAAGUCGGACGCCACACGAACUGAAAUGUACAUAGUAGCUACAAAACAGUAAAUACUUUUGAUGGUGUUUGUAAAAAUAAAUAUAUUUGACUUAGACAAUGUUAGUAAAACUGAAACUUACCUUGCACAAGUUUGAACUCAUGAAUGUAUUUUGCUGAAUGUUUUUUUUUUUGUUGAAGAAAAUAAAUGCUAUAUUUUAAUAUAA